CUAUUUUACAUCUUCAAAUUUGCGUCAUGUAAGUUCUAAAUAGUUUUGGGCGAAGAUCGGAUGAUGGAGUCGCUCGCGUUGGCGACAUAAAUUAACGAACGUCGUUCGCUCCCUUUUCCGAAUUAGGAAAGAGUGAGAAAAAGGAGAGAACUCCAUGGCAGCCGAGGGUUCCGGCGGCGGCGGCGGCGGGCGGAAAACACCGUUGCCCCAUAACCCAAGAGAGCGCGGAGCGGCGAAAUUCCUCACCGGCUUGCCAUCGCGAGGAAACUUCUCCUCAAGUUCCAUCUCUUCCAAUCUGGGAGGCCUCAGGGUUUAUGUCUGCGAGCACGACACAAAUCCUCCAGAGGGACAAGUGAUCGAGACGGAUACGACAAAUAUCUUAAUCAGACAUCUGCAACUAAAGAAGAAAGAUAGUGAGGCCAAAGACGCAGGUUCUAGGACUCCAGGGGAAAGUGGCAAGGGUAAAAGAUGUGCUGCCAGAAGUUUGGGUGUGCAAAAGUCGUCAAAAAAGCCCAACCUGGGCAGUUCUUCCGGAUUGCCUUCCUCUGAUGAAGCAAUAUCUGGCUUUUCACAGCACACACUGCAGUCCUUCACCGUAGAGAGGUUGCGUGCACUUCUCCGACAAAGAGGCCUCACAACCAAGGGGAAAAAGGACGAACUGAUCACUCGCUUAAGAGAGGCGCAGAGUUGAUAUCAAUCUCAAGUUUCUGCCUUGUUUGUGAUUGAUCAAUUGCCUACUGGCACUGUAAAACGUUGCUGAGUUGAAUGAAUCAUCAGGCUUUACUUGUUGACAUUUUGUCACUAUUGCAUAUUGUAGGUGUAUAACUUAAGGUGAUGUAGUGAUUUACUCAGGCUCAGGCUAUCAUGAAUUUGACGUCUUGUAGCGAACUUUCACUAUAUGCUUGUCAGAAUUCUUGUUUCAUCUUGAAUUUUGGAUUAGAAA